AUGGCCAGCCCCGUGCGCCUGCAGGCCGGCUCGAUCUCGGCCACGCAGCUGCGAAGCCCGAACGUUGCCGCCGACGUGUUGGAAAGUGCGAAAGGAAAAGCGCGACGCGAGCAAGUCCACGCGCAGGGCCACUUCAGCUUUCUCAGCGUGCAAGACCAUAUCAUCUCGUCACAGUGCGCCCAUCCGGCCGGCGAGCAGCGAGAAGACUGCGCGAUCUGCAGAUACGACCAGCAACUUGCACUCCCGCAUUUGCCCGAAAUUCUCUUCCCCGAAAAUGCAUUUAUCGUGCGGUGGAAGGACCAUCCGAGUUCUUUGAUCCGGUUCACGGCCCUGGAAGCCCUGAAGCGUGUGGAUACAAAGAAGUUGCCAGAUAUACAGGUCGCCUCCGCCGUCAGCUGGCAAGAAUCCCGAAAAUCGAUGGUCGAAUUCAAGGAAUUUGCCAAGCCGUUCGACUGGACGUACACCACAGAUUUUUCUGGCACGCAGCAGGAUAUUGAGGAAAAUCCCACCGACAAGAAAAUCGACUACGAUCUGCUGAAGCGCCAGGACCCGAUUCUGUUCUACGACCACAACGUGCUCUUUGAGGACGAGCUGCACGAUCACGGGAUGGCACAGUAUAGCGUUCGGGUGCGCGUGAUGCCGACGUGCUUCUUCGUGUUGGCGCGCUUCUUCCUGCGAGUUGAUCAAGUUCAUGUCCGUGUCUGGGACACACGGCUGUUCGGCAAAGAAGGUGAAUCGACCAUCAUCAAGGAAUGGAGCCACCGCGAAGCUAAUAUUGAUAAGAUUCAGCAUCUAGGCGAUACCGUCAUCAACGACCCGAACCUGAUCGUCGCCCAUCUGCCGCUGAUCGAGGAGACGAUCAGCGAGUUGAGCCCGAAAAUCUCGGCA